AUGCGCUCCCGUGAGGCUGCCGAGGAAGAGCUGAGCCAGUACGCCCACGGCCCCUUGACCCUGGACGAACUCGACGAAAAAUACCCAAAUCGGCCACACAAUCACUCCAAAACAUUCCCCUUCCGUGACCUCUUUCUCACCCUCUUCAAUCCCCUCAAUGAAAACAAGAAAAAGCCCACUGGUCGUGCCAUUGCACGCAAGAAACUAGGCCCCGUCGGAUCCUCCCUCACGCCAAACGAGGUCCGUCGUAAAAUCGUCGAGCGUUUCAUUUCAAGAUGGCGCAGAGACGUCGGCAACGACAUCUACCCGGCCUUCCGGCUCAUCAUCCCCGAGAAAGACCGCGACCGUGCCAUGUAUGGCCUCAAGGAAAAGGCCAUUGGUAAGCUUCUCGUGCGCAUCCUCCGCAUCGACAAGGACUCGGAGGAUGGCUUCAACCUGCUCAACUGGAAGCUGCCGGGGCACACGACGCACUCUGUCAUGGCGGGUGACUUUGCCGGUCGAUGCUUCGAGGUCAUUUCGAAGAGGCCCAUCCUCACCAAGCCCGGCAACAUGUCCAUUGCCGAAGUCAACGAGAAGCUUGACUUGCUCUCGGCUGCUUCAAAGGAAGAGGAGCAACUCCCUAUCUUCCGCGAGUUCUAUAAACGGAUGAACGCCGAGGAGUUGAUGUGGCUGAUUCGGAUCAUCCUCCGCCAAAUGAAGGUCGGAGCAACCGAGAGGACCAUCUUCGCCAUCUGGCACCCAGACGCGGAAAACCUGUUCAACGUGUCUUCGAGCUUGCGGAGAGUCUGCUGGGAGCUAUACGAUCCCGCGAUCCGCCUAGACGGGGACGAGCGUGGAAUCAAUCUCAUGCAGUGCUUCCAACCGCAGCUCGCUGCUUUCCAGAUGCAUUCGUUUGAGAAGAUGGUGGCUAGAAUGAAGCCAACAGAGGAUGACGACGAGUUUUGGAUUGAGGAAAAACUUGACGGUGAGCGCAUGCAGUUGCACAUGAUUGAGGAUGAUGCUGUGCCCGGCGGCAAACGCUUCAGCUUUUGGUCCCGCAAAGCCAAAGACUACACCUACCUGUACGGAACAGGGAUCCUAGACGAGAACAGCGCGCUCACCCGGCAUCUUAAGGACGCUUUCAGCGAUGGAGUGCGUAACAUAAUUCUCGAUGGCGAGAUGAUCACUUGGGACAUGGAGCAAGACGCAAUGGUCCCCUUCGGAACACUGAAGACGGCAGCUUUAGCACAGCAACAGAAUCCGUUCUCGAGCGGGCAAAGGCCGCUGUAUCGUGUCUUCGACUGCCUUUACCUCAAUGACCAGCCACUCACCAAUUACACGCUUCGCGACCGGAGGCGGGCGCUUGAAGCAAGCAUUAACUCGGUCAAUCGCAGGCUCGAAAUCCACAGCUACACAAAAGCACGCAGCGCGGCAGACAUCGAGCCGCUUCUUCGGCAAGUCGUUGCCGAGGCGUCUGAAGGCCUGGUCAUCAAGAGCCCUCGCUCAAUGUACAAGCUCAAUCAGCGCAAUGACGACUGGAUCAAGGUGAAGCCAGAGUACAUGACGGAGUUUGGCGAAGACCUCGACUGCGUCGUGAUUGGCGGGUACUACGGCUCUGGCCAUCGCGGCGGAAGGCUGUCGAGCUUCCUGUGUGGUCUCCGCGUGGACCAAAACCAGAUCGACCAGGGCGCGAAUCCGAUGAAGUGUUUUUCGUUCUUCAAAGUAGGCGGUGGCAUGACGGCUGCAGACUACGCUGCCAUCCGACACCACACGGACGACAAGUGGGAGAAGUGGGACGCCAAGAGGCCGCCGACCGAGUACAUUGAGCUCGGCGGCGGCGAGAGGCAGUACGAGCGGCCCGACGUGUGGAUCAAGCCGUGCCAUUCGGUCGUCCUGUCGGUCAAGGCGGCUUCUGUCGGGCCCACGGACCAGUUCCGCAUGGGGCUGACGCUCCGGUUCCCGCGGUACAAGAAGCUGCGGACGGACAAAGGGUGGAAGGACGCGUUGUCGAUCCAGGGGUUCAUGGACCUGAAGAACAAUGCCGAGAAGGAUCGGGCGGACAAGAAGUUCAAGGUAGACGACGGGCGGCGGCAGCGGCUGAAGCGGGCGAAGAAGAAGCCGCUCACGGUUGUGGGUGCGGACGACGUCGUCAGGACGCCGUAUGCUGGGCCGCACACCAAGGUGUUCGAGGGCCUCACGUUCUUCAUCAUGAGCGAGUGCCUCAAGCCCAAGACGACCAAAGCCGAGCUGGAGCGCAUCGUCAAAGAAAACGGCGGCAAGCUCGUGCAGACGCACGCCGCGGCAGCAAAGGUGCUGUGCGUCGCGGACCGGCGGCUCGUCUCGGUGGCGUCGCUGGUGAAGAAGGGGAGCUGCACGAUUGUGCGGCCGGCGUGGGUGCUCGAGUGCGUCAAGCAGGCCGAGACGGACAUUGGGCGGCCGAGCUUGCUGCUGCCGUAUGAAGAGAGGCACAUCUACCACGUCUCGGCGGACGACCCCGUGCAGAUUGACGGCAACGUCGACGAGCACGGCGACAGCUACGCGCGGGAUGUUGGGAUGGAUGAACUGCGCGAGAUCCUCAAAUCCAUGCCCGACAACGAGUACAAAGGCACGCUGGACGCGCAGGACCUGCUCGGAAACGAAGACGACGACGACCAGCUCCGCGGCUGGCUCUUCCGCGGGCUCAAAGUGUACGUCGACACGGCCGGCACAGAAGCAGGCACAGAGCUCUCGCUCGCAGCCACCACAGUCGCGUUUGCAGGCGGGGCGGUAGCGCGCAGCGUGGACAAUGCUGAAGUCACGCACGUGGUUGUAGAGGAGCGGGAGCGGGCGCGGGAGCUGCGGGCGCGGAUAGCGGGACGGGCGCGCGUGCCUAGGGUUGUGCGUGUGGGGUGGGUGGGGGAGAGUUGGCGGGAGGGGACGCUGCUGGAUGAGGAGGGGUUUGCUGUUGUUUAG